AUGCGAUGCUUGUCGUUGCAGUUUGUGUGGGCGCUGGUGCAGGACCCUCAUUUCCAGGAAAUGCGAACUCCCUACACGGAUCCGUUCCUGCAGAAGUUCAACAUGGGGUACCAGAACUAUGCUCAAGGCGAGUGGCAGGUUGCGAGAAACCUGUUGAUGAAGACGCACACCAUGCUCCGUGACAAGGAUGGGCCGAGCGAGGCCCUCUUACGCUUCAUGGAGAAGCCCCACCAGUUCAAG